AUGAAUGAUGCGAAUUUCAGUCAGAUGCAAUUACCAGAAGAUAGCACAAUACGGGUUAAGAAUCAAAGCUCCGUUAAAUUGGAUUCAAUGUGUGGUUCAAGAGCAUCGCUAAGAAGUAUGAAAAGGUCGAAACUUCUCUAUGAGCAACGUGCCGUCUGUCCGUUUUCGCAUGUCGAGAACCGGGAUGAAAAGGUCGGUUGA